GGCGGCGGCGGCGGCGGCGGCGGGAGGGAUCUCGCGGAGCCGGAGGCGGUGGCGCAAUGGAGGGACUGGAAGAAAAUGGAAGUGUCCAAGUGGGAGAAUUGUUACCUUGCAAGAUUUGUGGAAGAACAUUCUUUCCAGUGGCGUUAAAAAAACAUGGACCCAUUUGCCAGAAAACUGCCACUAAAAAACGUAAGACUUUUGACUCAAGCAGACAAAGAGCUGAAGGAACUGAUAUCCCAACAGUAAAGCCUCUUAAACCUAGGCCUGAACCACCAAAGAAACCAUCUAAUUGGAGAAGAAAACAUGAAGAAUUCAUUGCUACCAUAAGAGCAGCUAAAGGCCUUGAUCAGGCACUUAAAGAGGGUGGAAAACUUCCUCCUCCUCCUCCACCCUCUUACGAUCCUGAUUAUAUUCAGUGUCCAUAUUGCCAGAGGAGAUUUAAUGAAAAUGCAGCUGAUAGACAUAUUAACUUCUGUAAAGAACAGGCAGCACGUAUUAGUAAUAAAGGCAAAUUUUCUACUGACACCAAAGGAAAGGCAACUUCUCGGACACAGUAUAAGCCUCCUGCACUUAAAAAGUCAAAUUCUCCUGGAACUGCGUCAUCAGGAUCUUCACGAUUACCACAACCAAGUGGCACUAGCAAAACUGUUGUAGGUGUGCCUUCAGGUAAAGUGUCUUCAGUUAGCAGCUCUUUGGGAAACAAACUUCAGACCUUAUCUCCCUCCCAUAAAGGGAUACCAGCCCCUAAUGUAGGAACUAACAUCAAACCUCGAAAUACCACACCACCUAGUUUGGCACGAAAUCCUUCCUCAAGUGUGCCUACAAACAAAAGAAAAACAUAUACUGAGAGCUACAUAGCCAGGCCAGAUGGAGACUAUAUAUCUUCACUUAAUGGCGGAAACAUUAAAGGCACAGAAGGAAAUUCAACAGGACACUUACCAAAAUUCUGCCAUGAGUGUGGGACUAAAUACCCUGUAGAAUGGGCAAAGUAUUGCUGUGAAUGUGGCAUUCGAAGAAUGAUUCUGUGAACAGAGUCCAAAAGAAAAAGCUAAGUCUGGAAUUUUAUGACUGUUGCUGCUUGGACAGCUAGAGCACUUCCUUUAAUGAUUUUAUGCUAAAAUUAUUCAAAAUACUUUUUUCGGCAAUUUUUGGAGCAUAAUUCUUUGGCUGUGUAAUGUGUAUGUGUAUAUAUAUAUGUGUACAUAUAUUGUAUAUAAUGAAUACCUGAUAGCCCAAACUGUGCCACUCAAGGAAAUAUUCACUCAUCUGUCAGAAAAUAAUUUCAAGUGGAAUCAUUAACUUAGGUAUUACUUUUCUGUUGUUGUUAUUAAAGCACAUUAAGCAUGCCUUCACAAAAUCAAAUGCUAGUGCUCAGCCCUUCAAGCUUUAGGAUGAUCAUUACUUUGAGCAGAAAAUCAGAACAAACGUUUUUAUUAUCGGUGCUUAUUUUCAUAUAGUAUCAUAGGGUGGGAUGCUUGGAAUUUUGGAAGCAGUACAUUCAGUUACAGUUAGUUAUGUGAGGUCAUUUUCCUGAAGAGCUCUUCAACAAUUAAUUUUAUAAAUAAUUGAAAAGAGAAUAAAACCCCUAUACUAUGUUGUUUUUUAAUUGCUAUAUCAUUAAUUUUAUAAUUUAGAGAUCUUUACUCAUUCUUUAAAAUGUAAUUAUGUAAUUUCCUUUUCAGAGACACAAGAUUAAAAAAUAUAAAUAUAUCUUAUUCCAGUUAUAACUGAUUUUUUUACCUCAGUGUGUUAGUUGAAUGUAUAUUCUAAUUGUGUCUCCAUAUUUCACUUUUUCCUUUUUUAUAAACUUAUGUCUGAGGCAUUUUAAUUUACUUUUUGCAAAGUUUGAAAAUAAGAGGCAUAAUAUUUAAGAGGCAUGAAAUUCCUUACAAAAUUCUACAUGUUUAUUUCUGUGUCUAAAUUUAGAAGAAAUUAUUUUGAUGGAUUUUAAAACAAACCACCUCACCCUAAUAAAUAAUUUGGAUAAUUAAUCAUUACUACAAGGCAUGCGGGUAAAAAGUAUUUUAAUUUUUUAAUUUUAAUUUCCCUUGAAGUAUAGUUAGAUGUAGUGAUGAGCUGUUUAAGAGACUAAUUUUUCUUUCUUAUAUUUUAUUUUUAGUGUUUAAUACUAAAACACCUUCACAUCACAGUAAAAAAAAAAAAACACUGAAAAUGCACUGCUUUAAUGCACAGCUGACUUAUGUAACUAAACAUUCACAAAAAUUUAAUUGUACUUUGACUUUGGCUAACCUACAGCUUUUAAUCAUUAUCACUUUCAAUGUGACAGUAUUUAGUAGUAGAUACUUUGAUUGUCUGUGCAGCCAUGUUCAGUAACUCCUUAGUGGUUUCUGUGGUAUAGAAAGAAAAGAGCUUUGAUCUUAAAAGAUAUAAGCAAAUCUUUUAUAGGUCAUUUCUAGCUUCUCUUUUAUGACUGUGAGCAAAUAUAAGGGUUAAUGCAGAAAUUUGUGGCUUUUAAUUUUCUCUGAAAUUUAUUUAUGCUUAUACUUUAUAAUUGUAUUCAUUAGGUUUUUUGUUUUUAUUUUUGUUUUUUGUGUUUCUGUUUUGUUUUUGUUUUUUUCAUUCAGGCAGGGGAUAUGAACUUUGAAGUAAUGGGAAUUGUUGUUUUAUUUACCUUAUAGUUUCUUUCCUGACUUUUCAUUAAUUUUAAAUCUGGUUGUCUUUAUUCAGUCAUAUUGACCUAAAAAGAGAGUCCAUUAACUACAAUAAGCUGUAAUUAAUUUAGGAGAAUAGUGUACAUAUUAGAUUUUCAUUUCAAUAAUAUAUGUUAUUCUGUUCUGUUAACAAAUCAUAUGAAGAACUUUAAACUUUGUUUUCCCUGGAACUGAGCACUAUUUUUCUUUUUCCAAGUUUUUUUUUUUUUUUCAAAGACUAGGUAAUUUAGCCCAAAGAAGGGACAGAUAAAUGAACUUAAACAAAAUGGCACAUGUUUGUUUUUCACAGAAUUUUGCAGUAGCCAGUAACUGUUAUAAUGUACUACAUGAAAAAGGAGUUGGUAAAAAAUCAUCCAAUUCUAGAACCCAGAGAUUAUUAUAAACAGUAAAUAGGUGAAGUACACUUAGGAAUUAUGAAACAUGUUGUGACAGUGUUUUUAAAUGCGUUUUUGUUACCUACAUAUAUUAUUCUCACAUUGAUUUGUUGUGCAAUAGUUCAGUUUAUAAGAAAUUUUCCUAGAUCUAUGCAUCAUUUAUUUUUAUUUAUUUUCACAAGUAUUUGCCAGUGUGGUAGAAUAAAGAAAUGAUUGUUAAGCUUAAAUUAAAAAUGUAAAAAUUGCUUAUAUAUUAUUCUGAAAGUCACUAGCUUGAGAAGUAAGAUUAUUAUGGUUGCUGUUGUCUCUUGUUCACUCUUUUUUUUAUUACAAAUACUGUCUUCAUUUUUGAACCUAUUCAAUAAAGACAUGAAGCAAAAAAAAUUCCAGGUGGUCUUUAUUGAUGUCUUAGCUUUUAGCCAGACAUAGGUAGAAAGAUAAGAGCACACUGAAAUAAGAAAAAAAUGUUCAAAGCCAAAAUACAGAUUUUUAAAAAUGAGAUAGUGCUUUUCAUUGGCAAUUUUUUUGUGCCAUCAGAUUUUAAAGAAAUUGCAAUUAUUUUAUUGAAGUGUUUUAUGACAUCUAAAUAUUACAAAUAUAUUUCAUUUCAAGAUUUCUAAGAAAACUUUUCUUUGGUCAGUAAAAUAUAGCAGUUGAAAACAUGAAACAUUGUGGAUAUUUCUAAUUAGGUAAUAUAUAGUUUAAUGGCAAAAACUAUUGGUUUAUGAUCAAUACUUAGUGAUUUAAACUAUCAUAUUUAAAAUUUUAAACAGUUGUCGCUAGUAGAAAUAUCAAAUUAGACAUGUUUGAUUUGUACUCAGGGAAUUAAAAAUAAUAGAAGAGGUACACAGCAACAGAGAGUCAGCAGAAAAGUCUUGCGUCUUUUUUUGCAUUGCAGGUAUAUGUAUUUUCUAUGAUGGAUAUAUUUUUAUUUAUUUUUAAAGGGGGUUGAUAAGUAGUUAUCUUUCUUUUUUUCUUUCUUUUCUUUUUUUUCUUUCUUUUUUUUUUUUUUAGAUUUACUCAUUUAUUUAUGAUAGACAUAGAGAAAGAGAGAGAGAGAGGCAGAGACCCAGGAGGAGGGAGAAGCAGGCUCCAUGCCGGGAGCCCAAUGUGGGACUCGAUCCCUGGACUCCAGGAUCGCGCCCUGGGCCAAAGGCAGGCACUAAACUGCUGAGCCACACAGGGAUCCCCGAUGGAUAUAUUUUUAGUACUAAGGUUAACUUUUACAACUGACUACGUUACUGAAUAGAGCAGUGGAAAAUUGUUAAAACCAAGUUAAUGAUAACCACACUUCUUUUCAUUUAGAAAUGUUUCAGUUAAUUAUUACUGUCAGGAUACUUAUUUAUAGAUAAUUUUGCUUGUCUUAUAUGUGAAUUGCUUUUUCGCCACUAGAGGGUGCUUUUAGAUAAUUUAAUAUUACCAGCUUCCAAUUCUUAUU